CCUUGAGCCAUAUCAACUCAUCUCCACAUCAAACCAACAUCCAAAUUCCAAUUCCAUAUAUCUUGCCAUUCCGGCCGAGCCCGAGCGAGCUUGCUUGAGCUUGACCCAUAAGCUAAUUCCCGGAGCUAAAGCUUGACCAUGAGGUUGCCGUGGUUUGUUCUUGCGGCGGCAGCGCUCGCCGUGGCCGUGUCUUCGGCGACGGCGUAUGCGCCACCGUCCAAGACUUUGAAGGUUGGGUUCUACGAGCACUCGUGCCCGCAGGCGGAGGCCAUCGUGCGCGACGCCGUCCGCCGCGGCAUCGCCCGUAACCCCGGCUUCGCCCCCGGCCUCAUCCGCAUGCACUUCCAUGACUGCUUCGUCAGGGGCUGCGAUGGAUCCGUGCUGAUCAACUCGACCCCGGGCAACCGGGCGGAGAAGGACUCGGUGGCCAACACCCCGAGCCUUCGAGGCUUCGAGGUGAUCGACGACGCCAAAGCCAUCCUCGAAUCCGUGUGCCCACGCACGGUCUCCUGCGCCGACGUCCUCGCCUUCGCCGCCCGCGACAGCGCCGACCUCGCGGGCGGCAUCUCCUACCCACUCCCCUCCGGCCGCCGCGACGGCCGCGUCUCCCUCGAGUCCGAGGUGCUCGACAACAACGUGCCGCCCCCCACAGACGACGUCGCCGCCCUCAUCGCCUCCUUCGCGCGCAAGGGGCUCAGCGCCGACGACAUGGUCACGCUCUCCGGGGCCCACACCAUCGGCCGCUCCCACUGCUCCUCCUUCACGCAGCGGAUCCACAACUUCACCGGCGUCCAAGGCCGCACCGACCCUUCCAUCGAGCCCGCCUACGCCUCGGACCUCAAACGGAGGUGCCCGCCGGCGACGGAUGACCCGAACGACCCCACCGUCGUGCCGCUCGAUGUGGUGACGCCGGCGGAGUUCGACAACCAGUACUACAAGAACGUGCUGGCGCACAAGGUGCCGCUGACCUCGGACCAGACGCUGAUCACCAGCAAGCGGACUGCCGCGAUCGUCGUCUUCCACGCGGCUGUCGAGAAGGCGUGGCGGGCCAAGUUUGCCGUGUCGAUGGUCAGGAUGGGCAACGUCGGCGUGCUCACCGGCCACCAGGGCGAGAUCAGGGAGAAAUGCUUCGCCAUCAAUAGACACUAGUAGUCUUUCCUUCCGUUAAUCCAAAAUUCAACUCAGAUGCGUUAAUUGUAGGUCAUAUACGUGUGUACGUGUACAUGUUGGUCCUUAAAUUUCUUGCAAGUGAUGAAUUUGCCGAUGUGAAUUCUUGUUGUUGUUCGUGUAUGUCAAAGAAGAAGGGAGUAAUAAUUAAGAAUGAAACAAUAUUUUGACGGGAAGAAUGAAA